AUGGCCUCACAAACAGUAGUCACCGACUACGAGACUGGUGGACCCGACGUCAAGGGCGUCCUGGCUCCGAACGAGGAUAAGAAGUCUUCGCUCGAUGGCUCGGACGUGGUUGCAGAGCUUGAGCAUGGAGAAGGACGGCUACCCACGGAGGAGGAACGAGCGACUCUACGGCUUGUUUCUGGCCCCAUCCCCUGGGCGGCAUACCUCAUCUGCCUGGUCGAGUUUGCGGAGAGGGCAUCCUACUAUGGAUGCACUGGCGUUUUCGCGAACUUUAUCCAGCGACCCUUACCUUUGAAUGGUAACGGAGCUGGAGCACCUCCCCGAGGCACACAAGCGACAGCAGGAGCUUUGGGAAUGGGUCUUGUUGCGGCAACUGGAAUCACCAAGACAUUUUCUUUCCUAGCAUAUACGCUCCCCAUUCUAGGCGGUAUAAUGGCCGACACCAAAUGGGGCCGAUUUAAGACUAUUGCUAUCGGUACAGCUAUUGGAGCGGUGGCGCACAUCGUCAUGGUCAUCUCGGCUAUUCCUUCCGUAAUACAAGGAGGACAUGCCCUGGGACCCUUCAUUCUCUCUGUUCUUCUGUUGGCUCUCGGAACCGGGUUUAUCAAGGCCUGCAUCGCACCCAUCAUCGCUGAUCAAUCCGUUGUCCACGUUCAAUCUGUCAAGACUCUCCCAACAGGCGAGAAAGUCAUUAUCGACCCCGGAGCAACCAUUCAAAGCAUGCUGAUGGUUUACUACUGGUCCGUCAAUGUCGGCGCUUUCUUUUCGGUUGCAACCAGCUACUCCGAGAAACGAAUCGGCUUCUGGCUUGCCUACCUCCUUCCAGGAAUCCUCUACAUCCUCAUGCCGAUAACUCUUGUCGUUGUUUAUUCCAAGCUUGUUCGACUCCCGCCGCAGGGCUCCGUGGUGCUCGAUUCAUUCAAAGUUUUCAAGACUCUCCAUGAGCGUGCGGGUUUUAAAGGCAUGAUGAAGGGUGGAGAUAACUGGAACGUUGCUAAACCUUCAAAUAUCGAGGCGGCUGGUGGACUGAAGACCAAGAAGGCUGGUUGGAUAACGUGGGACGACGAAUUCGUCGACGAACUUAAACGGACAAUUGUUGCCUGCAAAUUGUUCCUUUUCCUGCCUAUUUUCAGUCUUGCCGAUGACGGUCUCGGAACGAUCCAAAACAACCAGGGUGCUUCACUUCGCACUGACGGGGCGCCGAACGACCUUUUGGGAAAUUUCAACGCCCUGACCAUCAUUUUCGCGACUCCCUUGCUCAACUUUGUCGUCUAUCCCUGGCUCCGAAAAAUAGGCAUUAAUUUCUCCCCUAUCCGACGUAUCGUUGCGGGCUUCCUCGUCGCCGCACUGGCCAUGGCCACUGGCGCGAUCAUUCAAUGGCGCAUCUACGAAACCUCUCCUUGUGGUUAUUAUGCUUCGGACUGCUCCAUCGGAACCGGGGUGUCGCCCAUCUCAGUCUGGGUCCAGAUUCCCCUCUACUCCCUGCCUGCAAUCGGCGAGCUUUUCGUAAACGUGACGAGCUACGAAAUUGCUUAUACGCGUGCGCCUCAGCGCAUGAAAGGCGUCAUUUUCGCCAUCGUGCUCUUCAUGAGUGCUUUGUCGUCGGCGCUCACGCUUAUCAUCUCGCCCUCGUUUGUUGACCCCAACCUCAUCUGGCCCUUCGUCGGUCUUGGCGCGGUUUGUGUUGUUGCUGCCGUGCUCAUCUGGAUAUUGUUCCAUGAGAUGGAUGAUGAGGAGGCCGAGGUUUUGGCUAUCGGGGCGUCGAGAAAAAUUGAGGGCAUUGUACGACCUGGCGAAAGCGCUAAGGAGAAAGACCUCCAAUAA